AUGAAAACACAUUUACUUGAACUUGCCAUCCCUUCCGAGGAUAUUGCUUUCGGUUUGAUGGGCGAUUUUGAAGCGGACUCUCACCCCAACAAAGUGUCUUUGAUCGCGGGAGCAUAUCGUGAUGAAAAUGGAAACCCCUGGGUUUUGCCCAGCGUUAGAACGGCAAAGGAGCAGCUUCGCGAUGAAAAUCACGAAUAUUUGGGAAUAGCAGGCUCGCCAACGUUCAUCAACCUGGCAAAGGAACUUAUCUUCGGCCCCGUCGCAUCCAGCUUUCAAGAUAACAUUGGGUCAAUUCAAACGGUGUCCGGUACAAGUGCAAACCACCUUGCUGCCACAUUCUUGGCCGACCGACUUCGCCCAAACCGCGUGUUCAUUCCAUCGCCGACCUGGAUCAAUCACAAAUCUAUAUGGGAGGCGACUGGGGUCACAGUUGCAGAGUAUCCGUACUACUCUUCCAGUACAAAACAAGUGGAUAUGGCUGGGAUGAUGGACACCCUGGAUCAGGCCGAGCCCAAUGACAUUGUCGUUCUGCAAGCCUGCGCACACAACCCCACUGGUGUGGACCUGUCAAAGUCUCAGUGGCGGCAGAUUGCUGAUUUAUGUCAUCAAAGAAUGCUAUUUGUCGUCUUUGACAGUGCAUACCAAGGCUUUGCGACUGGUGAUGUUGACGGCGACGCGUGGGCGGUUCGUCAUUUUACAGAAAAGGUUCUUGCGUUCGAAAACCAUCCAGGCUUGUGUGUUGCGCAGUCAUUCUCGAAGAACUUUGGGCUCUAUGGUGAGCGUGUCGGUGCUUUACACCUGGUCUUACCGCGGAAUGUUUCGGCACAGGGCGCGCGUGAUGAACUGAAGACGAUUGUACGACGGGAAUAUUCCAAUCCACCUCGAUUUGGGGCAAGUAUUGUUCAGAAGGUCCUGGGUGACCGUGGUUUGAGAGUCCAAUGGGAAGAUGAUUUGAACACCAUGAGUUUACGAAUUAAGAUCAUGAGAUGCGAGUUGAGGCACGCGCUGGAGAAAAAGACGCUGCAGGACUGGUCGCAUGUGGAAACGCAGAUUGGAAUGUUCAGCUAUACGGGCUUGACGAAGGAGCAGGUUUCCCGACUUCGAGACGAGUUCCAUAUCUAUUUGUUGCCGUCAGGCCGCAUCAGUGUGUGUGGGCUGAAUGAAGGCAAUCUGCAACAUGUGGUCCACGCUAUUGGCGAAGUUACAAAAGGCUAG